AUGUCCCCAUUAUUCGACGACAUGUAUAACGGGAUUGCAUCAGAUUCUUCGUUUGAUGUGUGUGGAAGGUCAUAUAGAUACGGGUAUUAUCUAAUGAACGAGAUCUAUCAGGAGCGUGCUUGUUUUGUGAAGUCAUUGUCUUGUCCUAAUGAUCGAAAAAGGUUGAAGUUUAAGAGAGCUCAAGAGAAAAAAAUGAGCAAGGUGAUGUGUACUUAUAUCAUAUUGCAUAAUUUGAUUCUUGAAGACGAAUGUAAUGCAAUGUGUGGGUAUAAUAAAAACGAGAUUGUUCCAUCGACACAAGCGUUUGAGGUUGGAAGUGAGGAGUACUUGGCGAAAAGGGCAAUAAUUUAUGAUGUUGAGACCCAUCAUGUUCUACGUAGAUACUUGACAGAACAUAUUUGGAUCGUUGACCACAUUGAUCUUAAAGCAUUACCGUUCGAUGAUUUAGGUGACCAAUUUUCCAAUGAAUAA